AUGUUCUCUAACAUAACCGUGCAAGAUGUCUGGAAUGACUACUGGCACAAGCAGUUCAACACAACCGGCUCACCGUUCAACACGCUUGUAAUUCGUCCAGAACCUGCAGAAGGGGGAAGCGGUUCUUCCAGGAGUUCAACUACAACUCCCGAAGCAGUAGCUUUCACUACCCAAGAACCCUCUCCUUGCGAGGCAGCAACUGCGAAAAGACGACGCACUCGCACCAACUUUUCUGGGUGGCAGCUUGAGGAACUCGAAAGUGCUUUUGAGGUAGUGCGCGUACUAAUUAUAGACAAACAAUAUUAUGUGGUGCAUAUGUACAUUCAGCACACUCACAGUGACUCGAGUCAUGUUCGAGACGAUUUCCAGGCGAGUCACUAUCCUGAUGUAUUCAUGCGAGAGGCGCUGGCACUCAGGUUGGAUCUACUAGAGAGCAGAGUGCAGGUAUGGUUUCAAAAUAGGAGGGCAAAGUGGAGAAAAAAAGAAAGCAUAAAAAACGGAGGAACUACUGAACAAAUUUCUGCAAAAGAAGACGGACAAGAAACAACCAAGACGAAAGACUGCGGUGCAUUUUCCAUCGACAGCUUACUCGCUGCGAGCCGAGUCCCGCGCGGUCGCCGUCCGAAUGCGAAGUAUCCCAGAGUCCAGGCUUGCAAAAAUCUAUCACCAUUCAUGCUGCCUCUGUUUCCGAUCACGCAGCCAGCAGGUCGAACUAUUCGGGAGCCAUCACCGUCACCUCAGUCGCAGCAGACAUCACAACAAACCUCCCAACAAUCAUGA